GCAAUCUGGCAACACUGUCUGUCAGCCAAUCAAGAAAUACGAACAGCCCAGAUCCGCGAGAAGCACAAGAGUAUCGAUCACCCGCGGUAGGACGAGCGUUAUGCUUUCAAACACUUAACACGUUUCUACAUAUUAUUACACAUUACUGGGACCUUAAUGAUCACAGUGAAAGUGUGUAUAAAUGAACUUAGUGUUAAAAUUAGCCUCAGUUUUGGUGCGUGUUACCUAGUUGUUUACCAGAAGGCUAGUGUUUGCUAGCCAGGCCUAGCCAGGGCCCUGCGACGAUCAACUCCCUGCAUCGUAAAGUUGACCGACGUCGUUUUAAAAUUGAAUGUGACAACCCAUGAAUUAAAUGCGGAUAAAAAUACGUGUUUUUCUCCCUCCCUGCACACCCGCUGAAGCAUUUCCGCGGCCAUAACGAGAUCGUUGUAGAGUAGUAGUACGCUAGGAAACUAUACGGCGUAAGCGCAAAAACCUGCUAACGUUAGCCUGCAAAUAAUAACCGAAAUAUCACCAUGACUUCCAGAAGAGGAGGUUAUGCCGGUGGAAUGGAUUCAUCUGCGUCUAGUAGUAGUGUGGUUAACAGUGGAAACCGAAAACAAAGCAUCAUCAACGUCCCCAAUCGGACCGGGUCGGAGUCUUGCUACGAUCGGAAAGUGGACAAGACUGGGUACGGUUCGCAGGGCAACAUGACUGUCACAUCCCUAAAAUCACGCCUGGCCCCCACUAUUCAAAAUGCCAUGUCUGCCGCAGUGGACACUGUUCUUGGCGAGGUAGUCCUCGUUUUAAACGAGACACAACAAGAGUUGUACAACAAGGAGCAGGAAAACGAGAGACUAAAGGUUCGCCUGGAAGUGUCCGAGCGAGAACUGAAGACACUGCAGGAAUGUUUGUGCAGUGCUCAGAAACUGAUUGAUCAACUUCAGAUAUCUUACCCGGGCUCUCAAACUCAGUCUGUUUUCGCACCGUCGCUGUCUUCCUUGACGUCUAUGAAUACGGGAAUGGACCGAGAUCACCAGAACUCUCGGAACGUGAACGGUUCCGGCGUGGACUUGGGUCUAGGUGGCUCCGUGGACGACUCACUCCACGGUUUCGAACCACGAGAUGACUAUAAGAUGUGCCAGCUGUCAAUCCAACCCGAUGGAUCUGUGACAAACCACUCACUGGACGCCUACACCAACACGGCCCACAUGAUCAACGAUUCAAAUAGACAAGAUGAACGGCAGUCCCAGCGAGGCAGCGGUUCCGGGUUUGAGAUCAAAGAGGAGCAAGGUUUGACCCCAGGCAACGGCCAGUCUUCCAGGAAGGACCAGGGGUUGACCGGGGACGACGGAGAGGCAUCUGGCCACAACGUUGGUGACCUUGGCUAUGGCCAGGGAGAGGACGGGGGCUCCCAGCGGUCCUUCACCUACCCUCUUCGUCACCCGCGGCCUGUGAGACCCCGCACGGUCCCCCAGAAUCAGGGCACGCUGGACGUACAGAAGGCCGCCGUAAGGACUGUCCCCGGCAGGGUGGACGGUCUGUCCCCGGCCCGGGCGGAUGACAACGCCGGCCCCUCUGCGCCCGACCUGACGGUGGAGGUCUCCGCCGACCGCCCCCACCACUGCCUGGAGUGCGGCAAGACGUUCCGCCUGAUCUCCAGCCUGAAGAAGCACAUCCGCAUCCACACGGGCGAGAAGCCGUACCCGUGCGGCGUGUGCGGCCGGCGCUUCCGCGAGUCGGGCGCGCUCAAGACCCACCUGCGCAUCCACACGGGCGAAAAGCCCUACUCGUGCUCUGAGUGCGGCAACAGCUUCCGCCACCUGGACGGCCUGCGCAAGCACCGGCGCACGCACACGGGCGAGAAGCCGUACGUGUGCGCCAUCUGUGGCAAGCGCCUGAGCCGCCUGCAGCACCUGAAGCACCACCAGCUGAUCCACACCGGCGAGCGGCCGUGCUGCUGCCCCUUCUGCAACCGCACCUUCAAGGAGCCGGCCGCGCUGCGCAAGCACGUGCGCACCCACCGCGAGGAGGCGGGGCACCUGGCCAUGGGCCCCGCCGAGGAGGUGGACCCCGACGCAAUGGACGACAUCAACAGCCUGCACCCCGCCGCCCCCUCCCCCCAGAUGAGGUUUGGCGAGUGGGGCGGGGAGGAGGACGAGACCUCAGUGGUGGACUGUGUUUAGAGCCACGCUCCACCCCCCCACCCACCCCCUCCGAAGCUACAAAAAAAACGUAUGCUCCAUCUAGUGACAAAACUAAAAUAUCGUUCAAAUUGUCUUCCUAUUGUUUUUACAAACCUGGCCAUCAUGGAAGAGUUUUGAUUCUCUCGAGUCCCACAUUCUGGCUCAUCUAACCCCAGUUUUGGAGUGUUCUUUUAUCAGGGUAGUCCAUUUGCGUUUGCCUUUUUCAUUUUGUAUUGUAGAUGUGAACGUAGUUCUGAAUAUGCUCUUUGUGUUUUGUUCGAGAGCCAACAGUUUGAAGUAGCUGUUCUCAUGGCCACGUCGUGUGUGUGUGUGUGUGUGUGUGUGUGUGUGUGUGUGUGUGUGUGUGUGUGUGUGUGUGUGUGUGUGUGUGUGUGUGUGUGUGUGUGUGUGUGUGUGUGUGUGUGUGUGUGUGUGUGUGUGUGUGUGUGUGUGUGAGCAUCGAAAGCAACUGCUGUUGGGUCAAUGUUUUAGUGGCAGAGCAGAGAUAUGCCAUCAAUGAUAGUAGCAGGUGCAUAGGCAUGACCCUCAGCCAGUGAGGGGAGCUGCACUGGGGGCAGCUGGUUGGAUGUCUCUCCCUGGUUGGCCUGGGAGCCAAGGUGUGAUGGGGAGGUUUGACACACAGGAUGGAUGGAUUGACGGAUGUAAUAUGACCUUAUCAACUUUUAAGUUUCCACAAGCCUUUAUCAAGGUGUGGCCCGAGUAUAGCCUGUUGGCGUGUUUGCGGGAAGCACAGCCUUUCUUCAGUGUUGAUGCAUUAUGCCCUCAUCUGUUAGCCUCAUCCUUUAUAUUUUAAAGAUCUGCGCAUUCAAAGGCUUCUGCUACAGAAUGUGAUGGGGACUGUUCAUUGGUGUGGAUAAGGGCAAAUGUAUUAUUUCUUCUAUCUAUCUUGUAAAAAAAAUCUUGGCAUUCAGACUGUGGAAAUAAAGGUAGAAUUUCAUUGUACAACUGAGAACAUCUCUUUUGUGCAUAUGACAAACACUUUGAAUUGAAUUGAAUAAGAUGUGUGGCAUCAACAUGCUGUAUUCAGAGAAAUAAAAACGAAUUGUUGCCAUCCAUUGACACUAGUUAAUUUGACUGAUGGAUGGUGGUCCUUUUUGGUCAGCUCGGAUUCGGUGUUGAGAUGGACCCUGUGAAAUUACGCUGAAUUCACUGCCCCUGCUCGACCUACAGCUUUAUUCUGUCUGCCUCAAAAUGUCAAUCUGACACAACUGGUCUUAAAUUCCAUCUGUCAAAAAUGUUGACGGAUGGAAAGGAUUGUCGGUUAUGUUGAGUCAAAAUGACCGACCAUCCUAGAAAUUAUUUGUGAAACUUUAGGUUGUGCCACAAGUUUGUAAUCUGCCGCACUGUGGUGAGGGGACAAGUCCAUUUUUCAUCACAGGCUAACGCUACAAAACUCUGUUUUACCAUUUUUCUGUAUUUAAUAACCAUGUAUUAACGAAUGGCAUUCCUUUCUUUUUUUUUUUUUAAAACCAGUAUUUCAUAUUCAAGACAUUGAAUGGCUCAAUGUUUCUAAGAUUUUAACCCUCCAAAGUUGCGGCCAUUAGCCGAGCCGCAUUGGCGCAUGCAUGUCUAAUCAUUCCCAUGGCACCAACUCUAGGUGAGCUGACUCUGUACAUAAGAAUGUGACUUACAACACCCUGUCCCCCUUAGCCCAAGUAUUGCCCAUUGGUCUACGACUGUACUGUAAAUAUGUAAUCUCCUUUAUCUUCUUUCCAAUGGCAAAGCUUUUGGGCAUCAGAACAAGCAGCAAAGGAACAUUUCUCUCUGCCUCUCUGAGAUAUAGAUCUACCAUUAUACACGCUACUUUAAUGAGCUUAAUGUAAUUGUUUAAAUGAGAACAAUAUGUACAUACAUUUACUAGUGUGUGCCCUUUUUUAUAUGGGUUCAACUAUGAAACAUGUCUCUAUACUAGGAACUUUGCCACGGUUGUCCUUACCCCCUCUUAACUAACUUAACUUCUUUUUGGUUCAAGCACAUUCUGGGGAGCUUUGCAUGAAUUUACUUUAAAGUGAUCUAUUUCAGUCCUGAAUCUGGUGUUUACUGAAUGAAUUUUUCAUGCCUCUGUGCUCCAAAUAUUUUCCCAUAUAAGUCAACCCUUUUGCCUAAAUGUUGUAUAUUAAAGGGCAUUUGUUUAUACAUUUCUGUGCCCUUUUUUUCUUCUUAAUAAGAAUUUUAUAAGUCAAUGAUAUACUGUACUUUUGUUUAACAACUGUUUAACAUCUGCAAGGGAAAUACCUACUAUAUAUAUAUAUAUAUAUAUAACUAUCUAAGCACUUAAUGUAUGAUUAUUUGUGAGUAAGGCUUUCCAAAUCCAUGGCUUUCAGUCAUGUUUCAUUGGUUUAUAACCUGGCUAAGGCCUGCAUGUCCACCCUGACUUUCUCAGUCUUCUGUAAAAACUGGCCUGUUCAAUGCCUUUUACUUAAGGUUUGUAUGUGUUGGUUCUGGUAACCUUUCUUGGCUAUCAACAGCUAGAUAAUAACUGACUGACACAAAUGAAGAUGGUGUUAAGAUUAAAGGUAUAUGUUUGUAAAUUGUGGUAAAGUUAGAAAUCUGCACAAUUUGUGACACACAAAUAAUCAAUAUAAGUACAAUUUAAGAACAUAUUAUGGUUUUGAUCCAUUACUCUUGAGUUUUGGACAGUUGAAUUGGGUGUGUGAAAAUUAUAGAAUUUAGCAAUUAUUUAAUAUCAGAUUACCUUUCCUUUUAAAUGAAUGUUUUCACGUUGUAAAGGUUUGUAUAUGCUCUGGGCUACGGGACAUUUGAAUUAUGAUUUGGGAGGGCAUUCAGGGCAAUGCCUUAUACUUUUGGCAACUGGGACUGCUUUGCGUAGUUCUGAUGUUUAUACAUUUGUAACUUCAAAAUUAAAAAACCAGAGCGCCAAAUCUAUAUUAAAGCUCUUAUGGUAGAAGUAAAACUGACGUGUCAAAAUAAAGAAAAAAAAAGAGCAAAAGCUGACGUAUACCAUGAAUGCAAACUAACAUAACAUAGGCGCUCAUAGUACUGCAACAUCUUCCUUCUUUAUUACGUAUAAUUAAACUGAAAGACUUAGCGAAUCAAGUAUCAAUGUGAACGUUUGUAUUGAAGUUCAUUAUUGCAUGAAGCCGGGCCAAUGGCAUUGCAAUGCCUGCCUCCGGUAUAACCCAUGUCAAUGAGACAAAAUUAUAACAUAAGGAUGGUUUAUAAUGUCAAUCGACUAUGAGCGCUGAAAUGAAUGUGUAAACUGUUAGUUAAUUAAUGAUAACCAAAUUUGGAUGAGGAAAUGGAGGGUUUACUUUGAAGCGUAGUUUCAACACAUUAGGCCUCUAAUAAUAUGAAUGAGGGUUAUUACCAGUUAUUGUACAGUGUUUGAGCAAGUUAAAAACCAUGUGUUAGCAGAGGAUGGUUUCGAUCC